AUGGCUUCUAUGGGGGUUUGGUUGGUGACCUCCCUGUGCUUUGUGGUGAUGAUGCUCAUAUCGCAUGUCUACCACAAGCUUCUGGAUGCGUACGAGCAGUCAGCCACACUUAGUGAUAUUGAAUAUUCCUGGUUUUUCCGUUUACUGCUGAAUCUUGUCGGCUAUUCCACGGUUCUGCUGCCCAUGUUCAUAUUGUACAAAUAUCUACAGAAAAUCAACUAUUUCGAUAAGAUUAGUAAUAACAGUGGGUACACAUGGCGCGUCCUGUUCCUGUGCUUCGGCGAGCCCGGGGAGAAACUGCCAGAAAGUGUGAAGCCUCGCAAGGAGGACGGCACUGCGCGGGAGAGCGCUGAACUCGCCUUCUGCUUCACGGGACUCAUGGCUGCAUAUUUAGUGUGGGGGCUACUGCAGGAGAAAAUAAUGACACAGAACUAUGUGAUGUCAGACGGCAGCCUCAUGAAGUUCAACGACUCGCAGUUCCUAGUGUUCGUGAAACCCAACGUGCUUAGCGCCUGGUGCCAGUACGAGGCGCUCAAGUACGUCAGCUUCCCCACGCAGGUGACGUAUACUAGCCGCGCCCGCUGCACAAGUUCAGCUACUGCUCGCUCAGCAACGUGCUUAGCGCCUGGUGCCAGUACGAGGCGCUCAACGCCUGGUGCCAGUACGAGGCGCUCAAGUACGUCCAGCUUCCCCACGCAGGUGGACGUAUACCUAGCCGCGGCCGCUGCACAAGUUCAGCUAACUGCUCGCUCAGCAACGUGCUUAGCGCCUGGUGCCAGUACGAGGCGCUCAACGCUGGUGCCAGUACGAGGCGCUCAAGUACGUCAGCUUCCCCACGCAGGUGGACGUAUACUAGCCGCCGCCGCUGCACAAGUUUCAAGCUACUGCUCGCUCAGCAACGUGCUUAGCGCCUGGUGCCAGUACGAGGCGCUCAAGUACGUCAGCUUCCCCACGCAGCCGCGCCGCUGCACAAGUUCAGCUACUGCUCGCUCAGGCAACGUGCUUAGCGCCUGGUGCCAGUACGAGGCGCUCAAGUACGUCAGCUUCCCCACGCAGGUGACGUAUACUAGCCGCGCCGCUGCACAAGUUCAGCUACUGCUCGCCUCAGCAACGUGCUUAGCGCCUGGUGCCAGUACGAGGCGCUCAAUACGAGGCGCUCAAGUACGUCAGCUUCCCCACGCAGGUGACGUAUUACUAGCCGCGCCGCUGCACAAGUUCAGCUACUGCUCGCUCAGCAACGUGCUUAGCGCCUGGUGCCAGUACGAGGCGCUCAAGUACGUCAGCUUCCCCACGCAGGUGACGUAUACUAGCCGCGCCGCUGCACAAGUUCAGCUACUGCUCGCUCAGCAACGUGCUUAG